CUCAAAUAAAGAAUAAUACUCGGUCUCGGUCCUAGUGUUUUGGGUAGUGUUUGUAGUUGUAGUGUUGGUUGUCACAAGCAAAACAUAACAAAGCACAGAUGUCUUCAACAAUACCGAUAAAACUCGAGGGAAACAAUCUUGGCGAAAGGCAUCGUCAUUUCAAUUCUCUGGUCCUCGCCGCUCACCAGCAGGGCAAAUGUCUGGCGACAGUCCUCGACUCGCCCGACGUAUCACGCCUUGACACACUCUUUAAAAUCGAGCUCGCGUCCAAACAUCGCAACGUUGAUUACAUUUUAAAAACUCUUCAACAUGAGGACAUGUUGUUUGUUAGUAGAGCUCUAAAGUGUUGUACUUGGCUUCUGGAAUCGGAAUAUCAAGAUGUCAUAAAUCCUGAACAUUUAGAAGGCGAGGUUUACCCGCACAUGAUAACGCCUGCCGUUAACAAGAUGAAGCAGUGGCUGUACAUCCACCUAAGAGAUGCGCAGAGAUGCCGCCAGUUCUACCAGCACUACAGCCGCCGAUACGAUAUCAAAAUCAAAUUCCUCAAGCACUGCGCUCCGGACUUCAUCGAAGACGAACUCUUCAACAUUAUAGACCGCGUCACUCCUAAACAGCUCAAGGUUAUUUGUGAAUAUUGUCCUCGAGCAAUUAAACUAUACUAUGACAACCUCAGCAAGUACACGCAGGCGUACACAGCUUUUUUACAAAACGAGAAGGACUAUUUUGAAUGUACUAAAUACAUCUUGCACUCGGAACCGGAUUCUUAUUUCCAAAUCUUGGAAAAGUAUUACAAUUACGAGAGUUUGGGCGCGCUGUCGCCGACCAUCACGGAAUGCAUCAUGAAGCGACACAAGCAAAGAGUCCUAGAUAAGCCGGAGCUUUACGCGGCCUGGCUGCUCGACAAAACCACUUUGGCCAAACAUCUCCGCACGGACGAAAAUAAAGAUAUAGUCUUAAGGCUAGCGCGUGCCGAGUACCUCAAUAACUACUUCUCUUACAAAUUUGUGGAACCUUUUAUAAAAAGAUUGAAAGUUGACGAGAGAGCAACCUUCAAAAAGAAAGUUUUCGUGGAUAAAGAUAUCGGUGAAAAAGUAGUUAACUGUCCAUACGUCAUGUUCUCGCGGCCGGAGCUCGCGGACACGGACACCGUCUUUGACGAUGAGGAACAUGAUCCCGAAGAUUACAGGUCCUUUGAAAGGACAAAUUUCACCCGUUACCUCAAAAAGAGAAAACGCGGUCGGUACGAAUCGUGCGACAUGAUCUCGGAUUGUUGUUACAAGAUGGAGACACACCGGAUGCGGACACCGCUCGACCAGCUGUUCGACAGAUAUCGAUUCUUCAAUUUCGAGCGAACGAUGUUCGAGCUUCGGAAAAAGCUGGCAGCGGAGAGCUCCGUUCAAAACCGAGAGUUCAUGAUGCUUGUGCUGGUCAGCAAAUGUGGAGACAAUAUGAAGCAUGUGGAGAAACUAAUUCGCUUCUUGGUCGAUCGGCACCACAAUGAGUCUAGCAAUUUACGCGCAGCCGUCGUCCGCAGUUUGGUGGUGCGCGCGCGCGCCUGGCGCCUCCCUGCAGACGCCUGGAGUUUGCUGCUCGACUUUGGGCGCGACCUUGGACUCGAAGGUGCUUCUCCCUUGAUUUGUAAAGAAGGAAUGCAUGCGGCGGUGCUGCGCGCCUUACUUUCGGGUGAGGAUUGCGCUUCGACGCUACGCGAGGCCUUCCUAGAUAAUUUCUCCUCCCUGAUUGAGUACAAGCUAAGCGCGGCAGAAAAAAGUACCGUCGGGGAACGUUUGCCCUCGCUUCUGCUGCAAGCUGCGAUGCAGGCAGGCUCAGAUUCAGCUCUCAAUAGGUUCAAACUUCUGCUCGAUCUCCUAUCGUCACUAAAUAAAAAGCUGACGGAUUGUCCAGAUGCUGUGCUAGCCUUGACGGAGGUCGUACGCCGCCAUCCCUCCGCCGCUGAGGGCCUGCUUCGGCGAAUGUACGAAAUGCGCGUCGCCCGCCGCGAACUGUUUCGCGAAAAUUUCGCUUUGUUUCAAACGAAUGAAUCGUACAUGAACGUUCUGCGCCAUGACGCGUCGCUUCUCAAAUCAACUAAAGAAUUUGAGGACAAGCUGAAAAAGCGCUCGUGUAAUUACGACGGUUUUCUCAAGAAACUGGCUCUGUACUUCGGAGAGGACGAUGGACUGGCGGCGACGUAUAUCGCAGCGGUCUCGAGAGUAAUGGAGGGCGAGCCGCACGUGGGGCUUGCGCGACACCUGGCAAUGCUGCGGGCCGAUCUCCGUCCCAUCAUUAGCGAAUAUAUGAAAGAACCAAAGGGAAGCAUUAAGAGGCGGCUGGCUUCGGCACUGCAGGCUAAUUUCCACCUUAGCGGCGUCGUCGACUUGGACGCAACCUCGUGGCGGGCGCUCGGCGCCAAGCUGGUCGUGCACAGAUUGUUGUCCUGCAAAGCUGUCGACAUCGACAAAUAUAUAGCGCGGUCGCUAGAGUGGCGGCGCACGUUAAGAGUUGCCUUGCUGUUGGCAGAGCGUCGCGGCCGAGCUGCAGAAGUUUACAAGAUAGUUGUCGGCGAGCGACCCGGAACCGCUCUGCGUUCCGCACUCUUGUACUUAAAAAGAAACGAAAGUGACGACUUGAAGACGGAUGUAUGGCGUGCGGUGUUGCCGGCGCUGAGGUCACUGGACCUGGCGCGGGAGCCGCGCCGCUUCCUGCGCCGCGCGCUGCAGGACGCCGAAUUUGUGCCUGCGGACAUACAGGCCGAGUACUGGGUCGCCGUGUUUGACGCCCUACAGAAAGUAUCACAAAAGAAGGCGAUGCCCGUCCUGUGCAGACUUGAGAAUAUGCUUUCCGAAGUGAACAGUGAUGUCGUUAAAAAGGUGAUUGAAGACUUCCUCGAGGAGUUUAAUGUGGAAACCUUAUCGGACGAUGCUUAUUACCAUAUGAAAUGUAACUGUAUGAAAGUCCGCAUCGUGAGCAAGUACCUGCUGCUCGGUGAUGGCGAGGAGCAAGGCGCCAGAAUGGACGAGGUGUGGGUGCCGUUCCGGGACCGCUUCGCUGCUCUGUUGCGGCGAAACACCGAAGGCGCGGGCCGAUAUUUGGACGAAUUUGUUAACUCAUUAAAAUAUAACGGGGCGUUCUUUGAUCCGGGGCUAUCGUGUUUGCCCGUGUUUGAGAGGAUCGUCGCAGAUCUGCGGACAAUUUUGCCGAUGGAAGGUUAUUUCAAAACAUUUGUAAUGCUGCACGCGACAAUGUUGUAUUACAAAUCUAUUCAGUAUUGUAUCAAACAGUAUCCGGCGAAAUUCGACAAUGGGCAGUCGAAAGGAACAGAAGGAGCGACAGUUGUGGGCAAACACUUCGGCAAUUAUGUUGGGAAAGAACUAAAAGAAUUGGUGUCUAGAUAUUUCGAUUCCAUUACGAUACUCUAUCAAAAGAAUUUGAUGACAUUCUUAACAGAUCAUUUACCGUUCAACGAGAGCAGGAAUAAAUUUGUGAGCGCAUUUAUCGGAGGUCUGCUGGAGACGGGCGAGCUCGAGGCUCUGCUGGUGGCCGAGUACCUGCUGGAUAAGGAGGAGGGAGGGUACAACCCUACCCCAGAAAGAAUGGAGCUUGUAAAUAUAUUGAAAAGUUCACAAAAUGAGGAAGUUAAAUUCUUUUUACAUAGUUUUUUGUUAUCUGGUAGCACAGAGACGAUUUGUUAUACUUGUGCAUAAUUUGUAUAAGAAAGAAAGAAAAACAUUUAU